AUGACCGACGUUGCUCUCACGGCCUUGAUGAAGCAUUGUCUUUCUUUGGAGGAGAUUAACUUCAGUUGGACGUCACUCAAAUCGAUACCAAAAUAUGUGGUGUGCUUGAAACGUUUGCAUAAACUUAACAUUGAGGAUUGUGCCAAAUUAACGUAUCCUUCACCGGACGUAUUGAACAAAGGAUUAGAUGGUUUAAUUGAUUUCUAUCUUAAUUACUGCUUGAACUUCAGGUUGAAAAUAUUUGUUUUGGGUGAUCUCAGCAGUGGUAAAACCAGCAUGGUGCAGAAUUUAGUUGGGAACUCUUCAAUAUCCCUGCCAAACCCAACAGAUGGUGUCAACAUCCAAACGUGGUAUCCAUUCAAGGAGAACAGUCAGAACGUGGCUCUUAUUGGUGAUGAUCAGCUGACAGACUCGGAGAAGUGUUUACGUUUAGAAAUUUGGGAUCUCUCAGGAAGACCUGUCACCCAAGGUGCACACCAGGUUUACAUGACAAGGGAUGCCCUAUAUAUAAUUGUCUUCAAUGUAACAGACCAAGCUAGCUGUGAUGGCGUUGCAAAAUUUGUGGAUGCGGUAGAAGCCAGAUCGCCAGGUAGUUUGAUCAUCCUGGUUUCUACACGAUCUGAUAAGAUUGUCUCUGAAGAAAAGCGACGGAGCCGAAAUAAAAGUGUGAUGCAGUCGAUCGUUGAUAAUGAGAAGAAGCAUGUGACUAGUAUCAAGGAAGAAAUGGACAGGCUCAGACAAGGUCCGGUAGAUAUGAAGACUCUUCGAAGGAUCGAAGACUUGGAAUACCUAUUGUAUAGACGACCACGAUUUGCUGAGAGUGUCAUAUCUGUCAGCAACACAACAGGAAAGGGAAUCGAAACCCUUCGCCGUGUGGUGCUUACCCGAGCACUAGACAUCGACAUCUAUCCUCACACCGUCCACCAGGUGACACCAAAUGGCUUACAGCUCUAUGACGAACUCAACCAGCUCUCCAGAUGCGAGGGGAAGGUUGUAAUCUCAUGGGAGGAAUAUCAUAAUGUUGCAUUUAGAGAUGAUAAGGUCAAAUGUGAAGAUGACCUCGAGACAGAAACAUACUUCCUUCAUGCAACUGGUGCCAUUUUAGAUGUGCGAUUCACUUGCUACCCUGACGACCCAAACAGUCGCUAUAUCUGUCUCAACCCUGCUGCGGUAGCCAGUGCCAUCUGUGGUCUACAUGUUGAUGACAACAAGAAAUCUUUCAAAUUUGAAGCACGGCGGUUCUGGCCAAAGGAAUCGGGGUACUGCAAGCCAGAUCCGGGCAUUUUGGUGCGGGCAUUAGAAGAAAUCCCAGCAAAUGGAUUUGUGAGAGAAACACUACUUCCACUGCUGUGGCAGGAAACCAAAUUCAGUGCUGACCAGAUCUUGAUGAUGAUCCAACUGCUCUACCGCCUUGGGAUUCUUGCACCCCUGACCUCUCUCUCAGACCAAGUAGAUGAACUCGAACUGCCCUACUACCAAAGUCUCUCAGUGACUCGUAAACACUUUGUGCCAUUAUUGAAUCUGCUUCCAGAUAAUAAACCGCAACUGAACUGGACCCCAAAGCCUUUCAAGGGUGAUAUCCAGAUCAACUGGCGCUAUGAAUUCCCAAUAGGGUAUCCUCCGGGAUGUAUGGAGAGACUCCUUGCUUGCUGCCAUCAAGCCAAGAAUGCAGAGUCGUAUCAACAUACAUGGAAAUAUGGGAUGCUGCUGAAGAUCUGUGAUGCCCUUAUUUGUAUCAAUUAUGAAGAAGCAUAUUUUGACAUCUGUUGCCGCGUGAAUGCAGAUGAAGAAGGACGGGAAAAAGCUGCUGUUGAAACCCUGUGGCUCCACCUAUCUAUCUUCAUACAUGCCGUAGAGAAAAUGUUACAAGAAUGGCGAGGGGUCUACUGGAGGAUUUCAUUGGUGCCUUUCGGAGCGGUGUUUUUCAAAGGAGACAAGCUUGACUGUGAUCCCGUCUUUGAUUUUUACGAAUGUUCGAUCCGUUCCACGCGAGAGUUUGUACUCACUUUCCUCGAUGGUGAUAAAGAGCAUCAUCUUGACCUUGACCUACUCAUGCCAAACCUUGCUGAAGAUGUUACCUCAAUCUCUAAAUGGAUGAAGACGAUGAUCGCAUUGCGUGAGAGUCUCAUCAAGUCCACUUCAUCCCUAGGAACUCACAGCUUCUCAACCCUUGCCAGUUCAAACGGACAGCAUUCUGUCACAUCAUUUGUGACAAGGAAAAACAAGAAGAAGAACAUUGAAAUCAAAUGGAAGCUGGACAACGAAAUUGAAGUCCCAAAAAGAGUUGAGAAUUAUGCAAAAACUGAUGUCGAAAUCGACCCAAAAAUUGAAAAGGAUAACGUUGAUACUGACAGAGACAAUAUGAAGGAAACAUCUAAAGUCAUGGAUAUUACUGAAAAUGGUGAAAUAACACCGGAGGAAGGUGAGAAACUGUUACAAGGAAAGGUGCUUACGAAGGACGAGGAAUCAAAGGAGGUUGACCGGGUUGCAUCAGGAUUUGUGGCAUCAAUUUUGGCGCAAUCUGUGGCAGAUUAUAUCACGUCUGAGUAUGAAGACAAUAAGUAUGAAUCAACACAGACUCUUCCAUUGUCUAAUGUUGUGGUAACAGCUGCUCAGGCGGAGGCAGCUAAAGUGACAGCGGAAGCGGCAGUAGCCACACAAUCAGGAGAUGUAGAUGGUGCUGCCAGGGCAGUGUUGGCCGCGGCAAAGACAGUUCAACAGGCAGUAGAUAAAGCAAAUGCAAACCAUUCACCUAAUGGCAAAAGACGCCGCAAGUCUUCUGAGUCCACUGCAAAAUGUAACUGCCUCAUCAGCUAGUCUAGCGCGCACAAGCUUCAACUGCUGGAUGUCUUACACAAUGUCAUAUAGACCAAUUGGUAGUUUCAUCGCAAACUUCCAUUAUGUAAAUUUUUUUUGCACUUUUGAGAAAAAUGGCUUCAUAUUUUAAAAUUAAUUCAUUAGAAGUUUAAGAAUAAAAUGAUGUUAAACAUGAAAAUGUAAAAUUAUGUUUGUUUAAAGAAUCAUGAUAGUUGGUUUGAUUGUUGCCGAAUUGGCAGAGAGACAUACUGUACUUCUUCAUGCGUGGGCCUACAGCAGGGUUGGGGGGGGG